CGCUCACUCACUCGACCACACUACAAUCCUCAACAGGCUAGCUAGCUAGCAGGAGGCACGACACGCUGAACGACACCGAAGCGUUCUAGGCGGCAAGAGCAUAAGUAGAUUGAUCAUUGUCGACGGGGGCUCGACGACGCACACCUCGCCCAACCUCCCACCUCCCCACGAUGGCGUUCGAACUCGACAACCUCAGCCUCGCGCUGCUGGCCGUCCUCGCCGUCCUGGCGCUGUACCAUCGUUUCUUCUCCAGCCCGACCCCGCUAGUCCACACCUUGCUGCUUGGGCGACAGGCCGAGCCGAGCAAGGUCCGCAAGGCGGGCCAGUCGGCCGUGUACCGCUCCUGGGCGACGGGGCAGGACACGCCCCUGCAAGUCCGCCCUGCUAACCAGCUCCAAACCGUCGACAACGUCGUCACUGUCCCUGUGCCCACCCCGCUGCCGGGCAAGCCAAAGUUCAAGGUCACGCAGCGGGUCAUCCUCGACACGCCGGUGGGUGGACUUCUUCGCUUCGACUAUCCACUGACCCCGCAGCUCACGUCUGAAGCCCUUGCCGAGAUUGUCCGCCUCGUGCCCCUUGGCCUCAAGGCGGUGUUCCCCGGUCUGAGCAGCAACGCGGCGUCCCCAACCCCGAUCCUCACCCUCCUGCCGCCCUCGCCCGGCACGGCGCUGCCCUUGCUCCUCCUCUCGCUGGCCUCCAAGCCGGGCGCGCCGCUCGUCAUCGUGCCCGACCCGUCGGUGCUGGAUGCCGCGCUCGCGUCGGACGUGUACCCCGCCCCGGCGCUGCUCGUGGUCCACGAGAGCGUGUUCCCGCAGGUCGCGGCGCUCAAGUCUGCCGCAAAGGGCAUCCUCAUCGUCGGCGACGUCGAGCGCAAGCACGCUACCGCUGCCAAGGCUGCCGGCGCCACCGUCAAGUGGUGGGAGGAUAUCUGGGACGCGGCCGAGGCGGCGCCCGAGCCCGCCGAGGAGGAGAAGUCGACCUACGCCGACGUCCACUCGUACUUCUGGUCCCUGCCCGAGGCUGGCGAGAAGCCCCACGUCGUCAAGGUCACGCACAUGAACGCGACGGCUGGCAUCGCUGGUCUGCUGUCCAUCUUCCCGGCUGACAAGCGGCCCGCGGGCCACAAUGGCGAUGUGGUGGCUAGCGCCGUGCGCAUCGACACGCCGUUCGGCAUGACCAUCGCCCUGGCGUCGGUUUGGAGUGGCGCCGGCUUCCGCCUCAUCGGCAGCCCUGUCCCGUCGUGGAAGGCCACGGCGGACGAGGACGUGGCUGGCGAGCUGGCUGCGCUCGCGUCCGGCGACCAGCCCGCGCCGACGGUUCUCUUCCUCACGGCCAAGCACCACCGCACCCUCAUCGCCCAGCUGCAGGAGGAGUUCCUCUCGCACCCGCUCGCGUCGAUCGCGGGCGCGCAGCAGGUCAACAACAUUCGCGGGGGCUACGUCGCGCGCGGCACGUUUGCCGACAAGUGGGUGUUCGCCGGCGUGCGCAAGGGCGUGCUUGGCGGCAUUGCGGGCGACGCGCUGCGCGCAGUUAUUGUUGUGGACGACGCGCCGUCGCCCGCGCUCUCGACGCUUUCGGCGGCGCUCCUCUCGCUCCCCAUCUCGCGCGUGCACUCGUCCCCCCUGUCCUCGGGCCCCAUCUUCGCGUCCCACUUCUACGACCUCCAGUCGACGCAGGUGCCCGACAUUUACAAGCGCGUGCGCGGCGCCGACGGCCCCGGCCACACCGGCGCGCCGGCGAGCAACGUCGAGGUGCUCCUGAAGGGCGCCGGCACCGACACCAAGGAGAACGGCGACGCGAGCCCGUACGCUGGCCGCUUGUGGGUCCGCGGCCCGCCCGUACUUGAGCGCCUUGGUGGCACCACGGACGACGGCUGGGUCGACCUCGGAGUCGACGCCGCCGUCGAGACCAACGGCACAUUUGUGGUCACCAAGUAGAAAGAUGCAGCGUGUGGAAGGCA